AUGCGCAGCCUGGGCCGCUGGCUGGGCUGGCUGGGGCUGGCGCUCUGUAUGCUCCGGCUGAAGGCAGAAUUGAUUACUCAUUUAAAUCCUCCGAAACCAGAGCUCUCCUCCCACCCCUGCGUCUUUCCGUUCACCUAUGGCGACACGACACAUUACAGCUGCAUCUCCAUCCACAGCGACUUCAGCUGGUGUUCCCUCGACAGUCAGUUCCAGGGCAGGUGGCGCUACUGCACAUCCAGCGAUCCUCCACAGUGUAGUUUUCCCUUCCUCUUCAAAAGUAAGGUCUUCCACAUGUGCACCAAAGAGGACUACGUUUUGGAUCGGAGCUGGUGCUCAUUGACCAAAAACUACAACAAAGACAAAAAAUGGAAGCAGUGUUCCCCUUACAAUAUUUAGAUGAGCCUUGGUGGAGUUGAAUAUACAGAAGUCAGCGACCCAUCAGUCACCUGUCAAAACAGCACCCUGUGCUUCCUGCCUGCCCAGUGCUGACCACUAUGGCCAACAAACAGAUGAUCGUCUCUCCACAGGAAUGACACCUUUUCUUGGGGAGAAAAGACCCUUCUCAGUGGCAAUUUAUUUAAAAAUAAAUCUUUGAAAGAAAGG